AUGGACGAACGCGCGUCGAAUGAAAAAAAUGGCGCAGAAGACGAAAUGGAGAUCAUGGCCGAAGGCGAAGAUAAUCAAGACGAGCUGCAGCCAAGUGAAUACUUCCGCCGUCGCCUGAGUGUUAUGUCCUCGUCUAGUUGUAACUCGUAGACCUCAUUCAUCUACCUUUUCUAGAUGCAUGCUCAGACAAGAGGCCCUUAACGAAGAAACCCAUCCUAGAUCUAGACCCUGCAAUAUAUCUACUCUAACACGAAAAAAAUCGAUCCGCAGGGAAGCUUGUUCGCCGACGAAAAUGCGACAAGCAACCAGAUCCCGUCUCAUCUGCACGGCACGCCGAUGAUUGCAGGCAAGAAGGUGGAGUUCGGAAAGGGUUUGGGGAUGAUGCUGGUCCCCGUUGACCCCAACACCAAGGAUCACGAAUGCCAGUAUUGCUAUUACAUCUACAUCAUAUCGCAGGCGUGGCUUGCUUUGGGUGUUUUGUUACUAGUCAGCUUCAAGUAGGUAUGUUGGAGGCAGACUUCGUCUUCCUUGAUGAAAUUCAUUAGCAGGAGGACUUCUUCUUUUUUUCAACUGUCCUCACACGCACUUCUCAGGUAUGCGACUACUACAGCUGGGCCUGAGCUUCAGGACAACGAAAGGCAGGGGAGCUAUAUCCAAGCGCCUAGCGCUAUUUUGCCAACAUCUUUGAUGGCGGGGCUCUUGCAGUCCAAGAUGGCCAAAGGAACUCUUCUCCAGUCAAUGAUAGGGGUACUCCUACUAUACUUCUUGUUUGUAUUAGAAGUAACGAAUCGCUCACAGUCUGCUUACCAUCGUGUUACCACUAAGAUCCAACAUGUUGACGCACACACUCUAUCGCUAUGCAUUUCCUUUCGAUGAAUGAAAGUGCUGCUGUAGAGAUUGGCUGGGGUAUAAUGUACGCUGGCACUUUUAUUGUCACUCGCGCCAGGUCUUGACGCAGGCGGUGGAGUGGACUGACCGCUUGGACAGGGCUUAUUUACUUGCCCGCCAAAUCGAAGUAGCUCGGUUCCAGAACGAGUACGAUAUGUAUGAAGCUGAGAAGUUGGACUGUGAAGCAGCUUUAAUGUUGCUACGCCUCCUGGGCAAAAAUCUCAGGGCCAUAGAACGACAGCAUGAAAAUGAUUUGAAGAAAAUGCUGCUCAAUGAGGACGCCGUCGACCUGCUGAACUUCAGCUCGAUCCGUGAAGAAGCACUUGGAGAUCUUCUGUUAUGGUAGCAAGAUGCAGACUCGCUUGAGUGUAGUCAUUUAUUGAACAGGUUGUCCUCAUAGUUUAUAACUUGUUUCAGUGUAGUCGGAUAUAAGCUAACUCGUCAGUCAUUAGGAUACAGCAUAACUUCCAACUUCGACCCUCCACCUUUCAUGUUUCACGUCGUUCGAUGCGAACUACGAGAAGCUACGAAGCAUCGGAAUCCUUCCAAAGAAAGUGCAGAUGCGCCUUGAUUUAAGGAAGAAGGUUUGCGUUGAUGAAGUUGAAAAGUCAGCAGCGUUUUGUAAAACUUAGCUGCUACUGCUGUGUCAGUGUCGGCUUUCUUCUACUUCUCGAAGGCGACGCCCUCCUCCUCGUUAUAUUGUAAUAGUACUAAUAGAGAAGUUGUAGCGCUUCUUCUAAUAAUACUAUCAUGCUUUUGAUUGUUCAUGCAUCACUAAACCUAGAUCCUUGAUCAUGCUGCCUCGUUUACAAGUCCUCCCCUCGGACCCAGUUUCAUUCUAUGUCUACCAUCGAUUGCUGCAGGAAGACAAGCAGACCUGCAUGAGCAGCCUGGGACUGGAAGCAGGGCCCGCGUUCAACUACUUCCUCUGCAGCAACAAGAGCUGCGCAAAUCUUAUGGUGGCCAGGUGAUGCUUCGUUUACUAUAUUGCAAAUACUUCUGGCAUUAGAAUCAACAGGCGCUCCCGCUGCUAUCUCUUUUCUUCUCUCAUUUUUUACUUCCGAAGUAGUAUCUUGAGCUUGCUGAUGGAUACUCUACGUGCUUUCUGUGCGGGCAAUCUUCUCUCAUAUUCAUAAUCCUCCCAUCCCCUACCAACAUCUUCAUAAUCUUGAAAGAUUUGUCGCCGGAAUUGAAUGAAAAAGAGGUUUUGGAACGCAUGGGGAAAGUGAUGGAUAGAGCAGCAGGAAUGGUACUACCACGUCAUACACCUGCAAUCAAAAGCUCUCGCCGAUGGUUAUAGUGACAUAGAGGACAGAAGCAACACUGUGAUUGUUGUGGUAGAUCUUGUUGUCUGCGGUCGCUUAGGCCGACGGAUUUGCUAUUGCUUCGCCGUAUUCUCAUGACGCCAUUAGCGCCGCCGAUUUCUCCAUGCCUUUAUCCUCACCUUGCCCUCAGUUUGAGAAAGUGGAAGAAAUUACGAGUGCUCGCUUCGAAAUUUUUCGUGUGGAUGCUGAUUGGAUGAAAAAAGCAAUCAAUCAAGAAAAAACGUUAUGAUUCGGACGAGACUGAACUACUGAGAUCCAAAACACCGAAGACGUCUAUUCCUUAGUGUUUAGGUUCGUCCUUUCAUAGUAAAAACCGAGCAUAAGACUACUCGCAUCACUGUAAAUGAUUGGUGGGUGACAACUUAGCGAGGAUGUUGAUAAGCAGUUAUAUUCGAGAUAUCCCUUACUCCUUGCCCAUUCGCAUGCCAGGCGAUCCCUGAUCUUGCUGGUUUAGUAGGACCAUAUCCCCCUUUCAUGUCCGAUCAAUAGGAAACAGGCGACGGCGAAGCAGCAGUUUGUCUUAUGAGUGAAUGCGUGAGCAUGGCACAGCAACGUUAUUGGUUAACUAUACGUAAGUCUAAAGCUUGGCGUCAACCUCUUGCGGAAUUAGUGGCCUCCAUUUUGAUUCUGCUACCUAGAAGCAGCUUGUUUAUUAUGAUGACUGUUUCUACACUCACACCGGGCCACUUUCUAAUUUUGAAUGGUGCGGCUUGUCAAGCGGGAAACGUCAUAGCUUUUUUGGGCUCCUUGGUUACUACACAGUCGCACGCAGCCCACCGAAGACAAGUCCUACAACUGGUGCGUCAUUAUACCUCUCUAUGGACUUGUUCGAUCACGGUUAGGGUUAGAAUUAGGGCUAGGCGUUGCCUCUCAUGAAUCAAGUCUGUCCGCAAGAUGUAUCGUUUAAGUCAGCAGUUAGCAACAGUAUCUAAAUGAUCAUGAACUACAGGCAUCCGCAAGCAAGCUGUCGCAUGGAUUGGUGGCACUCCGUAACUCUGCAUCCAUGGAGAAGAGUUUACUUGCAGACGCAAACAUUCAAAAACUCAUCGGGCGCUUAGUAUGGAUGUUGGUGCUUAUUCAUUCCAUCCUUGCAACCAUCAACGCUUCCGCAUAGCGCAUGCUUUUCCGAGAGGAAAAGGGUAGCUUCGAUGGUCUGGCUAGAGUAGAUGGAAAGACUAUUAUUGUUCAUACUUAAACAACCUGGCACUUUGUGCAUACAGGAACAUAAUUGUUCCGUAUUUCGAAGAACGACUCGAAAUCGACAUCUAUCCGAGUUUCAAUACAGCAGAUGCGGCCGCGCAAGCCGUUGCUUCGCACCGACUCGCAGGCUUCACCAGCAUGGAUCCCGCCAAUGGUUUGAGCGAGAUCUUGAAGUUAUGGCUGGGUGCGCACUCCUUGAGCGCUUUGCUUGACUUUUGUAUUCCUUGACUGCUUUGAUUGACGCGCCCCUUAUCUUCACGUCUGUAUGUUCUAGCUCUCCAAUGAUCAGCAAUCCUCUAAACUGCCUCGUUACGGCACACUACGGAAAAUCUGUGGAUAACGACUUGUUUGUCGACAACGAUUUUAUGUCGGAUGAUGGAGGCGAGCCUGUUGACGCGGAGAAUGGUGACGAAGAUCCUGAUGAGCUACAAGACAUGGAGGAGCAGUUUUUGCAUCAAGUCGAUGACAUCAAGCUCUAG